AUGGCGUUCAUCAGCGGUGCGCGUUGGUUCUUCUUCCUCCAUUGCCUGGCCUUUGCCUUUGCCGGGGUCAUCCCCAAUGUUCACCAGCUCGCCUCCCGAGAAACUGCCGCCGACAAUGCCACCUACGAUGCCAUCAUUGUCGGCGGUGGUCCUGCCGGUCUCAGUGCCCUCAGUGGCCUCUCUCGAGUCCAGCGGAAGGCCUUGUUGUUCGACUCGGGCGAAUACCGCAAUGCGCCAACAAGGAACAUGCACGAUGUGAUCGGCAAUGAUGGAACUCCCCCCAGCGCCUUUCGAGCCCUCGCUCGCAAGCAGAUCUUGGGAACCUACAACAAGACCGCGUCAAUCAAGGACGUAAAAGUGCAGUCCAUCACGCCGAUUGGUAACGGCUCUCUCUUUAGUGUGACGGACGUCCAGGGGAACACCUACACCGCAAAGAAAAUAGUCCUGGGCACGGGGAUGAAGGACGAUCUCCCCGCGACUCCGGGCAUUGAGGACGCCUGGGGCAAAGGCAUGUACUGGUGUCCCUGGUGCGACGGAUACGAACACCGUGACCAGCCCCUGGGAGUCCUGGGCCCGCUGCCCGAUGUUCUCAGCAGUGUGUACGAAGUCCACACUCUCAACACGGACAUCAUCGCCCUUGUGAACGGCACCCAGACUCCCGAGCAGGAAGAGGCUGCAAGGCAGAAGAACCCCAAGUUCUUUGAGAUCCUCCAGGCGUACAAUGUCACCAUCGAAAACCGCACUAUUGCGUCCAUUGAGCGCCUGCAGGACGGUUCAAAGGACAAUGACCCGUCAACACACGAGCAAUUCGACAAGUUCAGGGUGCACUUCACGGACGGCGGGAGUGUUGACCGAGGUGCAUUCCUUACGAACUUCCCGUCUUCGCAACGCUCGACCCUGCCUGCUCAGUUGGAAUUGAAGAUGCAGGGUAACAAGAUCUACGCCGAUGUCAACAGCGCGCGCACGAGUCUCAAGGGGGUUUGGCUGUUGGAGAUGCCAACAGCGAUGGAAGUACCAAUGUCCCGCAUGCGAUGUACAGCGGAAAGAAGUCUGCCGUUUACAUCCAUGUGGAAAUCUCGCGCGAGGAAGCGCAGUCUCUGGUCUCGAAGCGCGGGCUGCUUUCGGAGAGGGAGUUGGAGGAAGAUGCGUGGAAACGCAUUGGCAAUGAUCUCGAUGACUUGUGGGAAAAAACUCAGGCUGCUUAA